AUGAAAUUCGCUCUGCUUUCGAGUUUCGCUGCGACCGCGAUCUUUGUUAGCCCCGUCCUGGGUGCAACAUACCAACUCAGCGAUAAUAUCGUUGGUUCUGCCUUCCUCAACACGUUCAAUUUCGAGGCUAUCAGCGAUCCCACUCAUGGGCGAGUUAACUACGUGGAUGCCAAUACCGCGCGGUCGAAGAACCUCACGUUUGCGUCCGGUGACACUUUUAUUCUUCGCGCAGAUAGUACGACAAGAUUGUCUGCGUCUGGACCCGGGCGUGAUUCAGUGCGCAUCCGAUCGAACAAGGUCUACACUACCCACGUAGCCGUCUUCAAUAUGCGCCACAUGCCACAAGGCUGCGGUACUUGGCCUGCCGUAUGGGAAACUAAUGAAGGGAACUGGCCCAAUGGUGGUGAAAUAGACAUCUUAGAAGGCGUCAAUGAUCAAGCACCUAAUGCAGUCACUCUUCACACCAGCGCUGGCUGCACCAUGCCUGCAUCUCGUGCUCAAACUGGAACGGCUGGACAGAACGAUUGCAACGUCGCUGUCAACGGCAACACAGGUUGCGGUGUUCGACAAAAUGAUGCUGCGAGCUAUGGCCCUAGCUUCAAUAGCAAUGGCGGCGGAUGGUUCACAGUCGAACGGACGAACUCGUUCAUCAAAGUCUGGUUCUGGGGACGAAACGCUGGGAACGUGCCUUCUGAUGUGCGCAACGGCGCUUCGUCUGUGAACACCGAUGCAUGGGGGACACCUGCGGCUUUUUUCCCGAAUACGCAAUGCGAUAUCGCGUCGCAUUUCAACCAACAUAACAUCAUCAUCAACUUGACCUUCUGUGCGUUCCCUUUCACCCUCCCGUUUGUUCGCUCCAUGCUUAUUGGCGUGGAUAAAGGUGGCGACUGGGCCGGCUCCGUUUAUGCGCAAUCCGGAUGCCCUUCUACUUGCAACGACUUUGUUGAGAACAACCCUGGAAGUUUCAGCAACGCCUUUUUCGACUUCGCUUCUCUUAGGUAUGAUCGUACCGCAUUUCUCAAGAUCCAUGCUUCACUAGCACUGGCAAACGUCACACUGGGUCAAACGAUUUACUUCCAUGCGAUACGCAUGGGUCCGUCCGUGAGGCAAGGCUAUACAACUACCAAACCUACCAAGCGCUCAGCUCUCAAUAUCUCAGCCCUAGGCCUCAGGUAUAUUAUCAUAGGGACAUAUCAGCCCCUUCUGUACAUAAUGCAACUUUGGGAAGCCGGUACUCGUGAAGAUUACCUCUCGUCCUCCAGGCGAGGGAAGGAGGUAGAUAACGGGAGUGGGCGCCUUGAGAUAUAUAAAAGUCUCAACUACAACCAUGGUGAAGCCAUCAUCAUGUGGUCUCAAGGCGCACUCCUUCUAGCAGCGUUAGCUUGCUCGAUCUCUCAAUCCUCAGCCUUACGCCUGCCACUAUGGCGCCGAGAUGUCAUGACAUUCACGGGACGCCAAGUGUCUCCUCGAGAGGUUGAUGUAUCUAGUAAUCAACACGCCUUCAUCCUGCACAAUACGCAGGAUUUUAUUUACGCUGCCAACAUCACCAUAGGAGGCCAAAAUGUCAUAGUCAUUCUUGACACUGGCUCGACCGACCUCUGGGUGUACCUUCCCGAUCAGAAGCCCCAGCUUACAAAUUCAACCUCGAUAGUAGGGAACCUGACAUACGCUUCCGGAUCUGCUGAAGGCCCUAUCAACUUUGCAGCACUUGAGUUCGCCGGGUUUUCAGUGCCCUCACAAGCUUUCAUCGAUGUAACGCAGACCGCUGACAUGGAGGCUAUCUUUGACACCGGCGCGUCAGGAAUCUUGGGUUUAGGAUUCGACGCAACCAACUCUAUUAUCACCGACAAGUUUGAACAAGCUUUUGGCAAUACGACCACCUUGGGUCGUUCGCCCAUCGCCAACAUCUUCUACCAAAAUAUGACCUUACCGAACUUCUUCACUCUGCUCUUGGGCCGUACCGAUGACCCGGACGACGAGCGAGCGGGUGUCUUCACCGUUAGCGAAUACAUCUCCGAGUUCUCUGCUGUCGGCGACACGCCCAAAUUAACUAUCCAAACCCCUGAUCAUUGGAGCGUCCUUGUGGAUGAAUUCAAAGUCGGUGGUCGAUCACUUCCUCUCAACUCAUCAGUAGCCACCGUGUCUCAGGGAAAAGCGAUCGCAGUCCUUGACUCGGGGACCUCGCUUUCGCUCCUUCCAUAUGCAAUGGUUGACGCAAUAUAUGGAGCGAUACCAGGGUCCGCGCGCAUUUCAGAUGUUCCAGGUUUCAACGCCAGCUGGAUUAUUCCCUGUAAUCAGUCAACAGAGGUUUCCUUUUCCAUUGGGGGGAGAGACUUUCCGGUACAUCCCCUUGACCUCACUGCGAUUGAUACGAAACUUGUGAAUGGUACCAACGUGACCUAUUGUGCUAACACAUACCAGUCUAUUGAGAUUGGCCGUGGUGAACUCGAUAUGAUCCUGGGCGAUGCUUUUCUCAAGAAUGUAUAUGUCUCCUUUGACUAUGGUUCAUUCGAUGAUCAAGGACAUCUCACCGAACAGCCAUUCAUUCAACUAUUACCUACUACAAACUCCAAGGAGGCAUGGGCCGAAUUCACUGCCAUCCGUGCCAAAGCCCUGGAAGGCACCGUGGAACUCGCCCCUUCUGAGCUGCGUAUCUUGGCAAUGCAAGACAACACCGAUGAUCAUCAUCCCGAUGCGCCAAUCGAUGAAGCAUCUAAAAUAUCUGGUGUCCUCGCUACCUCUGAUGACGCCGAUCACAUCGAAGGUGCAGCCGCAGGCGCGAUCCAGAGAUAUGCCCCCGUCGUGAUUGGGCUUUUGUCAGGAAACCUGCUAAUCCUCGUGGUCAUAUGUGUCCUGGGCCUCUACUUCUGUAUAUCGAAAGGUGGCCGUAACGGAAAGUCCGCUCCGGCCAAUUAUCAUCCUGUGAAGCUGCAGAAGGGGGAUUCGCAGUUUGUAGAGCCCGUUUUCGAAACGCGGUAUGACUCUUAG